CCCCCCUCCCUGGUACAUAACCUUCUGUAGGCGCCCGCCCGGUGUUGCACUAGUUCUCUCUUCCUUUUCCCCUGGUUUGGCUUUGCUCUCUAGCAGUCAGUCGGUCAGUCAGUCACAUCAAGUUGCGGGCAUGCGAAGCGGGUCUCGCCUGUCUGCAAUUCCUACCGGUGGCAGCGCCUUUAUCGGGUCCGUUUCGGUUUCGUCUUAAGAGCUGGGUCUCUCUCCGUGGCGGCAUAGUCGACUUGUGCCGAACGCCAUUGCCGAGUCACCCCGUCUUCGGUGGCACGGAUUUUGAUAUUGCGGGAAAAACACCAGAUUCAAAAAUGGAGGCCGUACAAUAUUCCUCACGCGAGCGGUGGUCGCAGUCGGAGAUGUGCGAAAAGUCAAGGGCGCGCGAGACUUACUUCUCGGCCCGCACUUCAAAGAGACCGAACUCGGUGCACACCGAGUUCAUGGAGUCGGACUGGGAGCAAGAGGACGAGGAAGAGGUCUACAGCGAGAUUGAAGACCUGGACCCCGUCGACGAUGGCGAGAUCUCGCCCCGCAUCAGCAUAGGCUCAUCCGGCCAACCAAGCAUAACAACACUCUCGUCAUAUGACGAAAUCCAAACCCCAAGGUCCUUGCACCAGCGUGCGCCGUUCCCGUUUGAGCCAUUCGAGCUCGAGUCGAAGCAAGUAGAGGGGCCGCGAGGGCCUCACCUGUUUAGAAGCUCCAUGUCGUCGGCGCACUCAAUUGAGUUCCAGCAUGCGCUGUCGCUUUCGCCGCUCACUCCAAAAGAGCCUCGGCAUCUGGACAGCCAGCUACAUCAUUCUGUUCACCUCACUCCUCUUCCGCAGAGAAAGAAGCGUGACACAGGGCCGUUUCGAUACACGGAUGAGGAACUUGACACGACGACGCUGGCCAGCUGGACUCCGGAAAUGGUGGCCCAGUGGAUGCUCAAUGCCAACAUUGAGAUUAUUGCCACCGACCGGUUUGUGGAGAAUGACAUCAACGGGGCCAUCCUGAUUACGCUCAAGUUCGAAGACCUGAAGGAGCUUGGCAUCAGCUCUUUUGGCGUGCGAACCAAGGUCUGGGAGGAGAUCCAUGCCAUGAGGAACAUCAGAAAGCCGGACCCUGAGCCCGAGACGCCAAUCGAGGAUGAGCCUGAUAGGGAGGUCAGACGGGAGCUGCGGAGGCAGGAUAGCUCGGCUGACAGGCCGAAACGGCGGCCGAGCAAAGCGCCGCGCCCAAAGAUCAACGACAUCAUCUCGCCCCUCGAGUCAGUAUCCAUUGUGGGAAUUGAGCAGAUGAUGCCCAAACCCCAUCACUGCUCAAAGGGCGAGAACUGCGCCAAAUGGAAGCGAAACCAGCGCAUGAUCGAGGCCUUCAAACAGGACCACCCCUUUGUCAACAUCGAGAGCGGUCUUAUCAUGGUUGCUGGAGACCCCGGGAACCCGGAGACGGCUGAGGCGAUCAACACGACGGAUGAUUUUUUCCGUCCCGUUUCAGACGCCAUCCCGUCUGUAGUGGCAUCGUCUGAUGUUAUGGGUCCAGGCAGCCUGCCGCCUCUUCAGUAUCUCCAGGAAGCAACGCUUCGGAGCAUACAGUCAAGAGAUCCCCAGGACAACGUGCGACAAUUCCUGAACUUCCAACACCAAGACUGCAACUCGGCCGAUGUCCCUCCCACACCACCAUUCGAGAUCUUCCCUCAUGGACCCCAGAACGUCGGGGCUGCCCAAGAGCAACAGGCUCCAGGGCCUCAAGCUCGCCUCCGAGCUCUUCCCAAGCUCGCCAUACCCUCCCAAGCGCCAGCUUUGGGCACGCAAGAGUCGAACCUGCCAUCUGCACAGUCAAGGUCGGCCCAUCCAAUGUCGGCCCAGCCGAUGUCUGCUCAUCCAUACUCAGCCCGUCCCGGAUCUGCUCUGAUCCCUUCUUUCCGCGAGAUGAGCCCGACGACCUCGGAAGAGGCAACCCCUACGGCGCCCUACCGUUUUGGAACUCCGUUUUCCGAAAUGGAUGUGCCCGUAACAAUGACAUCGAUUCCUAUCAUCUCCCGAGACAUCUCGCAGUCGGUGCCGCCCGACAUGAACUACCGCCACAACCCUGCCCCUGUCCGCUCUAUGUCGAGGGCCACCACCCGCCGGCCCUCGUUCCCGGUUCUGCCCGCUCUUGAUGAGAACUCCAUUGUUACCCCCAUCACAUACAAGCCGUCGAGAUCGUUUUCUGUACGGGCCGCCGCCGCCCAGCGGCCGCUACAAGCGCCGCCACGCGUACAAUAUCCCUGGAGCCAGUCAGAUCGUACCAUAUUUGAGCGCGCGAUUCCUCCCAUGCCUGGGUCGGCAGCUAAUGGCAGGUCAAACCUCAACGGUGGGCGUCUGUCACCCGGUGCCGCACCCAAGGAGGACAUGACUGGUGGUGCCGCGCUAUCUUACCAAGGUCUCAUGAAGAAGCGCAAGACGAAGAUGCUGCGUCACGAGUGGCACGAACACUACUUCACGCUGCGCGGCACCCGCCUAGCUGUGCACAAGGACGCCGCGACGGCCACCAACAAGACACUGGAGUACAUUGACAUUGACGACUACGCCAUCGCCUGCAGCAACAUGGCAAGCUCCAAGCUCAAUGCGGCCUUCAAGGCCAUGCACAUCCGCCGCGGGAGUGGCGAUGGCGCUUCCAAGGAAGACGUGGCCGCCUUCAGUUUUCAGCUCAUCCCCCAGGACGCAAAGGGCGGCGCGCGCUUGCGCAAACGUGAGAGCGCCCUUCCGAGCAUCUUGGGUGGUGGCAGUAGCAGCGCCAACGCCUCGUCAACCAGCUUGCCUGGACCCGAGGGCGCAGCAAACGGCACUGGCAAGACGCACCACUUCGCCGUCAAGAACCGCGAUGAGCGCAUUGACUGGAUGCGCGAGCUCAUGCUCGCCAAGGCUCUGAAGCAGAAGGGUGAAGGCUUUGAGGUCAGCGUGAACGGAAACAUGAUCUGAACGUGUGCGCUGUCUCACAUCAUCAUCCUAUUUUAAACUUGAAUAUAAUACAUCGCAUCUAUUUAUCCCUUUG